CCGGACGGCUCUCGCUGUGUUGAUGGAGAAGCAGCAUGUGUGUGAAUGGAGCGGUUAGCUUUAGCUGCUAGCUGAACACUGUAACUCACCAGAAAUCCUGUUUCUCACCUUUUAAACAGCACGUUUCACUCAGAAUGCACGAGAGGCUUCUUCCAGCUUCUCCGAACUGGUACUGCUCCCGCUGCAGUGAUGUGAACAGUAGCGGAGUGCUGGGCUUUGGGGCUAAAAGCACAGUUUACCUGCUGAAAGUUACUGCAGACUCAGCUGCAGUUCUAGGAGAACUCAGUGGUCACACAGAGAGAGUUUCUGGCUUUGCUUUCUGUCAGCAUGAAGGGCAGGAGCACAUCUGUGCCAGCAGUUCAGAUGAUAAAUCAGUGAAGGUGUGGGACACUGAGCAGAAGGCUGUGUUGGCAGAGCACAGUGCUCAUCAGAACAUCAUCACCUCCCUUCAUUGGUCUCCAGUGGAGAAGGGUCUUGUGGUGUCAGGAGACGAGAAAGGCAUUGUGGUAUGCUUUUGGUAUAGCAGGAAUGACAUCCACAGCUUCUUCCCUGAACCCAGAACCAUCUUCUGUUUAGCAUGUUCCCCACACAACGAGAACCAUGUUGCAGUUGGGUACAAGGAUGGAAUGAUUGUAUUGAUCGAUAUUAGCAAGAAAGGAGAGGUAAUCCAUCGGCUUCGGGGUCACGAUGAGGAGAUCCACGCCCUGGCCUGGUGUCCUGAACCCAAGGAAGAGGAUCUGUACUGUUUUAGACCAGCAGACAACACUGAUGCAUCAAAUGGAUUAACAGAGAUAGAGGGAGGAGGCUACCUUGCUUCUGGGAGUCGAGAUCAGACUGUUCGAAUCUGGAGCACAGCACGAGGCAAAGGCGUGAUGACCCUGAAACUGCCCUUUCUGAAGAGGAGGGGGGCUGGUGUGGACCUUGGAGUGAAGGAGAGGCUGUGGCUCGCUGUGCACUGGCCUAAAGGAAGACCUUCACAGGUUGUGUCCAGCUGCUUUGGAGGAGAGCUAGUGGCGUGGGACCUCACAAAGUCAGGCAAGCAGAAGUGGACUUUGCUGGGCAGUUCUAGCGAUGGUCAGAACCACAGCCGGAUUGUCUUCAACAUGAGCUCAGUGUCUGUGGGGGAUCGGGAUCUACUCAUCAGCACAUCCAUGGACAGAGAGAUUAAAUGCUGGGACCUGGCCUCUCUGGAGUGCUGCUGGACUUUACCCACGCUGGGAGGUUUUGUGUAUUCCAUGAGCUUCUCUCCUGUGGGCACCGGGUGCUUGGCGCUGGGGGUUGGGGACAACAUGAUCAGAGUCUGGAACACCAUGUCCAUCCACAACCCGUAUGAUACCAGGACGUACUGGCAGAGCAUCAAAUCCAAAGUGUCUGCGUUGGCCUGGCAUCCAGUGAAGGAAGGCUCCUUAGCCUUUGGCACAGACGAUGGAAAAGUGGGCAUCUAUGAAGCUUAUUCUAACAAGCCUCCUCAGAUCUCCAGCACUUACCACCGCAGGACGGUCUACUCUCUGGACUGGGGACCCCCCAUCCCUCCUCUAUCAUUCGGAGGUUCUGCAGACAAGCCCUCGUACAGUCUGUACAGCUGUGGUGGAGACGGGAUCAUCUUUCAGCACGACCCCUGGAAGCUGUCCGGAGAGGCCAGCAACAUCGACAAGCUCAUCCGUGACACCAACAACAUCACUCACAAGCUCUCGCCACACACAGACCUCUGCUGGAAGCCGGAUGGGAAAGUAUUAGCCCUUGGAAAUGAAGAUGGCUCUAUAGAGGUGUAUGGGGCUCCCAGUCUGAAGCUGCUGUGCACCGUGCAGCAACACCAUAAGAUCAUUAACACGCUUCGCUGGCACCACCAGCACUCAGACCAGCCAGAGCUGCACUGCCUGCUGGCCUCCGGAUCCAGCAACGCCCUCGUCUACAUCCACGACCUGCGCAGUGCUAUAGAAAACCCUUCAGAGAAUCCAGUCCUGGUCACGGAAGCCUUCCGUAGUCUGUCUGGCCACACCAACAAGAUCACCAGCCUGGCCUGGAGCCCUCACCACGAUGCCCGUCUGGUAACUGUGUGCUACGACAGUACAGCCCAGGUGUGGGAUGUCCUGAAGGAGGAGCCAGUGUGUAACUACAGGGGUCACAGUGGCCGUCUGCUGUGUGUGCAGUGGUCUCCUGUUAACCCUGACCUGAUCUGGACUGGUGGAGAUGAUUUCACAGUGCAGGAGUGGGCUGUGUCCAAGCAGGAGCACGUCAGUCCUCCAAAGAGUAAGAGACGUGUGGAUCUGGAGAAAAAGAAACCCCUGCAGAAGAAAAGCAAGAAGAAGAAGAAGGCAGCAGGAAAGGGAGCUUUAAAGCCCGAGGAGAAUGAAUCCCUGAUGGGAGAGGAGGAGAAAGGAGGCAGCGGUGUGGAAGAAGCACAGUCAGAAGAUGAAGGAGAGGAUGAACAGAGACCGUGCUCCAACAUCUCCACUGCUGCACUCUCCACAGGUUCUUUAAAAGAGGCCGGUAUGGAAAGAUGUGUGCCAGAGAAAAUUCUAAAUGGUGGAAAAUCUUUCCUGGCCAUUAGGAAGGAGGUGAAGGAAGAAAAGAAGAAAGAAAAACCAGACUUAUCUCUGAAGAAGAGGAAGCCACGCUCCAUGCUGCCUCUCAGCACCUCCAUGGAUCACCGGCCCAAAGAGGAGCUGCAGCAGGACUGCCUGACGCUGGCUGCUGUCAGACACGCACACGGCCAGUCAGUAGACUGUGUGCCGGGCACAGGAGAGCACAUCCAGCUCGGCCUCUUCACAGACAGGGAGGCCCUCUGCAGGAUGUUCCAGGAAGAAGAGGACAGUCAUGUAGAAGCAGGUCACUAUGACUCAGUGACGUAUCUUCGGCUGUGGAAGGGAGAUCUGACUGGAGCUCUGCAGAUGGCUACGGAGAAAGGAGAGCUGACGGAUCACUUGCUGAGCUUAGCACCCAUGGCUGGUUAUCAGGUGUGGAGUCGGACAGUAGAGGCGUAUGUGAAGCAGCUCUGCCUGCAGGAACAGUUCCUUAAAGCUGCCUCCCACCUAGUGUCCAUCCAUAAGAUCUACGAAGCCGUUAGCCUCCUCAAAGCUCACCAGUUCUACCGGGAAGCCAUAGCUCUGGCCAAAGCCCGUCUGCAGGCUGAUGACCCUGUGCUGAAGGACGUCUACCUGAGCUGGGCCGCCGUGCUGGAGAAGGACGGUCAUUACACUACUGCUGCUAAAUGCUAUCUUGCUGCCGACUCCAGUUUCGACGCAGCCAAGGUCAUCGCCAAGAAAGGGGACGUGAUGUCGCUGAAGACCGCUGCUCACCUGGCGAAGCUCGCCGGAGAGAGCGACCUGUCCCACUCGCUGUCCUUAAGAUGCGCCAAGGAGUUCAUGCUGUCGCAGGAUUGGCUGGAAGCACAGGAUAUCCUGAGGACACAAAGCACCUUACUGGGUCACAGGCUGGUGCUGUGUGUGAACGAGCUGCUCACUCAGAGACUGUCUCACGCUGGUGUGGUGAGCUGGAGCUCAGUGUUGUAUCAUACAUGGUCUAAACCCACCGAGGAGGACUUUCUGCCUGCUGUUCUGAGAGUGUGGCAGAGUGAGUUUGGCCUGGACUCAGCCAACUUGGACCAAAUGAAAGCAAUCCAUCAACAGCUGAGAGCCAUAGAGAACCCCCCAAUCACCACCAGCACACCCGUCAAGCAGCUGCUGGUUCAUAUUGCUGUGGACGUGGCUCUCUCUGUGGUCAGUCAGCUGCUGGAGGAUUGGGGGUCAGUACUGGAGGAGAUCCUGCGAGCUGUAACUACAGGAUUCCAGGUUGGCCAUUUCUCUCUGCUGGAUGCAAUGUGCCAACUCCUUCUACCACAAGGUAUGGAUUCUGUAGCCCUGCUUAAAAACCGACUCCUGCAAGCUGAUGAAAGAAACUUGGCUGUUUUCCAAAGCCUGCAGGCCUAUGUUUGUUACCAGCUCAUGUAUAAAGACUGGUGGAGACACAGCUGCCACGGCACCGCUGCUGCAGCUACAGCCAAUACCGCCCAGCAAACCAAUGGACACCAAACCCCGGUGGAGAAUGGAGAUACCAACCAUGCGACCGAUGUGGCGUCCGAGGCGUCUGAACCCGUCGUAAGGUCCGAGGGCUUCUGGACUGUCCUCCUCUCCGAGCCCCACGGCAACCUUCAGGCCACCCAGAGAGCCAUCAGAGACGUCCAGAGCAGAGUCUCCGUCCUCGUCCAGCAGCACAGCCGUCCUCACCAUCCACAGCCAGGCCCGGGCACACAGCCACACACACACGCUGCUGAUUUCACUCCCAGCACACACACACCUGAGGGACCCGCAGACACGGAGAACAAGCAAAGGUCAUAUGUGGCAGAUGGUGAGUCUUUUCCCGCUCUGGCUGCACAGGUUGCUGAGUAUCAGAAAAAGCUUUCUGAUAUACCAGAACAUUUGAAGAAAUACCCGUUCCCUAAUGUGGCUGAAUGCUGCAUUGUCCUCUUGUACAUGGAUAAACACUUUGGUACGGUUCCGAAACAUCUCCGCGAGACAGCGAAGAACCUGUUGGUCCAGUACGGAACCACGUACUCCCUCUGCAAAGCCUGGCAGAGAUUCACUUUAUAACUGUUCUUCCUGUCCCAACAGCACUUACACUUUUUCUCACUGAUAAUAUAUUUGUAUUUUUGUUAAAUGUAUAAACUGACUCUGAUCAGUGGUCAGCUGUGCUGUCUGUACAUUAAUAAACGCCUUUUUUCACAAAGAAAAUAGAAUUUGAAUUAAAGCUACAAGUUGUAUUAAAGCACCUCUGUACAUUUGUUUUACACGUACAGCCCUGGAAGAAAAAAAUAAGAGAGCACUUAAAAAUGAUGAGUUUCUUUGAUUUUACCAAAUUGAAAAUCUCUGGAAUAUAAUCAACAGGAAGAUGGAUGAUCACAAGCCAUCAAACCAAGCUGAACUGCACCAGGAGUGAAAGCAUAAAGUUAUCCAAAAGCAGUGUGUAAGACUGGUGGAGGAAAACAUGCCAAGAUGCAUAAAAAAACUGUACUUUAAAAUCAGGGUUUUUCCAUCAAAUAUUGAUUUCUGAACUCCUAAAAUUUUAUGAAUAUAAACUUGUUUUCUUUGCAUUAUUUGAGGUCUGAAAGCUCUGCAUAUUUUUGUUAUUUCAGCCAUUUCUCAUUUUCUGCAAAUAAAUGCUCUAAAUAACACUUUUUGGGAGGAAUUUGGGAGAAAUGUUGUCUGUAGUUUAUAGAAUAAAACAACAAUGUUCAUUUUAAACAUAUACCAAUAAAUAGCAAAAUCAAAGAAACUGA